GACGGCACAGAGGCCAGCCCGUUGCCCGUUAUUCUUGUUGUCACCCAUGGUGAGAAAGUGUGUCAUCCUUCAAUAACUACUGCGGAUAGAGACAACUGAGAGAGUAGCAAUUCCUGAGAGUGAACAGAAAUGCUGAGAGCUGAAGAGCGGCAUGCGGCUGUGGUUCUCGAAUUGUAGAGCUUGUCCGCAAGGCUACAAUCCUUUUGUGGCAUUGUGUCAAACACAUCCGCAGCUAUAGAACAUGCCAUGGACAAGGGAGUCAGGAAAUCAAACUUGGCAAUAAGCAGACGAGGUCGACUGAAUCGAUGGCUGAACACCAAGAAGCCAACCUGGCAUGGUGUGUACAUGUAGCUAAUACAGCGCUUUAAAAAACCUUUGUUUCCUGAGCAAAGGAUUUCCUCUGAAAGGAUGUUCAACAUUUUCCUGCCCUGCUCUGCAACCAUUAAAAGUUUUAUCGGAAAAGUGCUCUGAAGUGGGUGUGGGUGAAGGCUCUUGAAGUUUCCCUGUGUAGUUUUAAUCAGCGCUUUUAACCAGCAUUUGGCAACUUCCUGAUGCAGAUGUUUAUCUUGUUGAUGUCCCUCGGUCAGAGCGAGUGGUUACUUGUAUAGGGUGUUCCUCUCUGCAUGUGCGAUGUAGUUGGAACAAUUGCAUGCUGUACACAUGAGAACAGUCUGCAGAGCAGACAAACCAGAGACAUAACUAUAUAUCAGCUCUUCAAAUCAUCAGAGCAUAGAUGGACUUGAGUCGCGUUGCCAUGCAGAUCUGCGGAUAGUAUUCUCUGUCCUUUUGGAUCAGACAUUCGGAGAAACCGAGGCCUAUGAAAUGGAUUAUUGGAUUAAUUGAUAGGAUUAUCCAUGUUGAUUGUUUUUGUUGAUGAGGAUUUCCAAGCAGGAUCAUGGCCAUGCAAAAGCAGAGCUUGUUGUAAUAACCAUUUUGGAUUGUCAUGUUCUACACAAUGUUCACAAUACGGAGGAGACUGACCCACUAGUGUCUAUUAAUGAUUGUCACUGGAAAUGUGCUGGUGGGUGCUUCCCUAGACCAACAUGCACUUCAAGUUAACGUGUAAUUGAUAAGGAAUUAUGAAAGAAUGUCAUGGACCAUAGCCUCUACUUUACAAGCCAGUGUUUAAUAUGGAUAUCAUUUAAUGAAUACCAGAGCUGUAGAGAGUGUCCGGUCACCACCAUCCUUAUUUGUCUUGAAGUUGCAAAACUUAAAGUUUGGAAAUUUAAAGUGAAUGUUGAUAGCUUCAUCAUACCAAUGAUCAAUAAGCAUUGGUGUGGCAAAGUGAGGAAUUAUAUUUGAGUGGCCCAGAGAUUUGAAUUGAAGAUUGCCACCUGUUUCUUCGUAGAGAUCAGAGUCAAGAGAAGUGUUCAGUCAUCGUCUUUUUAGAACUACAUGUACGUGUAAUUACCAAGUGAAUCAAAAUGGAGGAUUCUACCCCAAGCAGGACUAGUCAGAGUUUCAGAAACAAACAACUGAAUCGCUUAUCGGGUGUCUUCAAGCCCAUGUCGAAGAACAGACCCAUGAGCACGGGGAGCUCGAGUCUCUUUCGCAAGCCCAGCUUCACGGGACAUUUCUCCCGCGGCAAUAGCAGCAGUAGCAGCACAAGUAGCAGUAGCAGCAGCAGAGGGAGCAGCGGAGGGGGGAGUAGCGGCUUAGGGAGUGGCUUAGGGAUCAGUGGAGGGUUCAGUAGAUGGUCCUCAAGGGAGGGGUCCAAGAAGAGACAGGCCCCACCCCCUCCGGAAAGCCCAGGGGGAUCCCCGAGGAGGACGGGAACUAGGUCUUCCGGGUAUAAGCCGGUCUUGAGGAUGGUUAAAACCAAACCAAGACUAAAAGGUUUGUCUGGGACUGGUCUGUUGAUGUCAGUCAUUAGAACACUAUCUGCAAGCGAGGAUGAGCAGCAGAGAGGUGUGGAGAAAGCAAGACUAGAGAAGGCAUACAGGGAGUGUGACAGGAAACUUGAUAAGCUUAUUACAGUAAACUAUGACACCCUCACCAAAACCAUCCAAGCAUACAGCAGCAUCUCAGGGCGGAUCAAGAAUGCCAGGGAGAGGACCAAGGUCGUCAAGGCGGACCUUCUAUCCUGCAAGGAACUCCUCCACUGCAGAAGGGACGAGCUACGCAAGCUAUGGCUGGAGGGGAUCGAACAGAAGCAGGUCCUAGCACUCCUUGAUCAGAUUGAAGACGUAAAGAGUGUAUCCACCCGUCUUGCCACAUUCCUAGCCAACAAGCACUACCUUCAUGCCACCGAGCUCUUGACCAAGACCAUGGGUCAGUUGGAUGGGGACCUCAAGGGGGUCGAGGCCCUUAGUGAGACCAGGAUAGAGAUGUUUGCCAGGAAAGAUCAACUCAACACAACACUUCUCAUGGAACUCAGGGAUCACCUUUAUGAGAAAUCAGCCACCACAUUCCAAACGAACUUCAACCGCGGCGGUUCCCUCCGAGGAUCGGGCGGGAUUGGAGGAGACGCAUCGCCCAAGCUUUCAAGGAAACAAGCCCUCAUUGAGAUGGCAGGGUCAGCCAGGAAGGCAGCCUCAAAGACACCAAGAAAAUCGCCUAUGUUGAGCGAUAGCUCUGACGAGGAGAAUCGACCAAUCACAGAGGACCUGACAAUGGAUCCUGAGACCAAUGUAGAUCACUACAUUGCCAUCUUGGUGGAAUCACUGUCACUACUGAAGAGAAUACCAGAGGCUGUUGAGGCAAUCAAGGGUGAAGUCCAGUCCGAGCUUGCAAAGAUUGUUCAUAAGUCAACAGCAGAUGUCGCUGAUAAUGCAAAGCAACGUGGAGAGAACAUCAUGCAGCAGAACCAACCCAAACUCCUGGAAGAACUCCUAGAUCUAAUCUUUGAGAGGUUCAAGUGCGUAGCAUCAGCUCACAUGUGUGUCCUAGGUGCUCUACAAAGGAUAACGACGAGUGGAGAUGUUCAGCUCUACACCAUGGGGGAUAUCUGGUCCAAGAUACAGACACAGCUUCAAAUGAUCCUGAGUAGUUACCUUGAUGUUAGGAAUGUAACAGCUACAGCCCAGCAAGCCACUUCAGCAUUCACUGAAGUCAGUGCUAGUGAUCUGAAUACAUAUUUCAGCAGACGAAAGCAAGUUAGACAGAGGAAGGUUCCUCUGUUCCGCUUUGAUAUGUCAUCCCAUGCUAUUAGUAUGACAAACUAUAUGAGAGAGCAGAAACAAGAGUUUUAUGGCUCGGAUGGUCAAGUGUUAGCGGAGGAUGAGACGAGCGAGCAGACGCAGAUGGUUUGUAAGCCUAGUAUCAAGAACAUCACCAUCAUCUUUAAGCCACUCAAUAGAUUCAUCAAGGAUAUUGAGGCUUCGAUGAAUGUCACAAAUGGAAACCAUUGCACAUUACAUCAUUUUGUAAGUGACUUUGUGAAGGAAAUCUUCUUAGGAUAUCUGCAAGGUGACAUUGAGGAAGAUCUUCAAGCUGCUACCAAAGGAAGUGAAUCCCUGAAGUCGCUGGUCGACAUGCAGACCCAGAAGACCUUGGGUGCCCCCUGUCCUUUACUUCAAGCAGUGGUUACCAUGGACAAGGCCGUGUCCUCGCUCCGGCAGCUGACCACCGACUUGCCGUCCUAUGCUGACCAGUUCCUUCAGAUGUUGUGCACUAUCCUACAGGAUUACAAGGAGACCUGUUAUGCAACUUACAGAGGCCUGGUUCAACCGGAAUCGGAAGACAAGAGAAUCUUCAGUGCUUCCUGGGUGAAGGAUACCGGUAUCAACCAAUGUCUACGCUACCUACCUAACUGGCUCAACCUCCAGGAAGAGAGAAAAGCCGACAAAGACUCCAUCGAUCAGGUUCCAGAAACUAUUGAAGAUAUCCGGGAGAGAAACGAAAAGGAGUCUGAAUUACUGGUGACAAACUUAGGAGACAAGCUUCUCCAGACACAUGAAGUGCUGACCGAUCUAGGUUCUCUGCGAUUACUUGCCAAUCUUCAUGAAAGUCUGGAAUGGUUUGCUUGUCGAGUGAGAAACUUUGCCGGCCUUUUACCUAGCCAGGGAUUCAACACGCUCACAGUUCCAGGCUCGGUAUCGUUGGAAAUACCUCCAGUGGAUAUGAGUCUAUUACAUUCCCUGAUCGGUCUAGCCAAAGAGUUCCAGGACCUAGCUGACACAUGUCUGUUGGUUCUUCAUCUUGAAGUCAGACUUCACUGUUUCUUCUUUCUCAUGCCAGUAACUAAACAGUCAAGUUUCUUUACAAGUGUCGAUAGCGUGGAUCCAGACCCUAAUGUUAUCAAACUGAGUAAGGAUCUUACCAGUCUGGAAGAAGCGCUGCACACCAGUUUGCAUCCAGCUAAGUUUAAGUACGUGUUUGAAGGGUUGGGUCAUCUGGUAUCGUAUCUCCUUAUCAACAGCUCACAGUACAUCAAGAGAAUUAACGAGAAUGGUAUCAAGAAGAUGUGCCGGAAUAUCUUCAUUCUACAGCAAAACCUGACAAAUAUCACCAUGUCAAGAGAGACUGAUUUGGACCAUGCUAGGCAGUACUAUGAACUCAUGUAUAAGACUACAGAUGACAUUCUGAACAGCAUUGUAGAGCAAGGAGCUGCAUUCAAGGAACUGGAGUAUCGUAACAUCAUUAACCUUCUACAUCGCAGCAGCUCGGCUUAUGAUCAGAAGUCACUCGGACAGAGGCUGAAGAAACUGGAAGAGAUCAUGACCGAGGCAGUGUAAAGCGGUCCUG